AUGGGCUGCAGUCCGUCAAGUCUGCCUGUGUGGAAUGUCCCUGACGGAGACGCCGGGUCGGUUGUCAAGCCACCGCUGAGGAGCACCUGUUUAGCAGAGGAGCCACAUAGCAAGAAGGAAGAGAAGACGAACACAGGAAACAAGAUCACCCUAAACAGCACAGGGACUGGGGAGAGUUGCCAGGGUGAAGUUUGCACGAAUUCAGAACUGCAGAGCAAUCAGUCAGAUAGUGUUGUGCACAAGACGCAGGUGGAUCCCCAUAUUUUCAUCGAUACGAAUGGCGACGACAGAGACAUAAAUUGUAGGGAGGAAACUGUCGAACACGGCGCACCAGCGCCUGACCAGAAAAACUUACCUGGUCCUCAACACCAAACCAACACUAUGGACAACGAUGAGAUUGCUAGCCAUGGUAUCCGCAGUGAGUGCUUACCUCUAAUGCCAAGAAAAUCCAACGUUGAGUAUGAGUGUUUGCGAUCAUCUGCUCAGAGCAAAUGGCCCAUCCGAUGUUUGGCACCUUUUGAUGGCUAUAACAUCAAUGCUGGGCCAGGAGGUUGUACCGCACUGAUGUUUGUCUCCAACUCUUACAAUAAAGAGGAUAACACCACAGGAGAAAUCUUCAUGAUUCGAUCUGGUUAUGAUUCCAACCACUUUCAGGCUCUGUGCCUUUCCAAGUCCGGAGCUGGUCAUUUUGGUCCAGCAAGCUGCAUCAAGACAGAUGAAGAUGGAAGAGUUUUGGUGGAAUGUCUGUUUGGACAGAAUUACCUGAUGUUACUCUCAAAUGAUGUGAUACACGGAAAUAUACAAAAUGGAGUCUUUGUCCGAGGUCCAAGCCAUGCUGACGAAAGCUUUCCUUUGACUAUAAACAUUAAUAGUGGGAAUGGAGGAGGGGUAACCCUGCUGCUAUGCUGUGGGUUGGUGGGUGGCCUCCAAGAACCAACAGUAACCAGUGCUGUCUACAUGAUAAGGUCGGGGAACUAUGGCAACUUUUUCUCAGCAUCUCUGGUGACUGGUGAAGACAAGUGGAAGUUUGAGGUACAGGAGUCUGGCAUUCUCUGUAUAUCUGGCAUUGGACGCAGUGUGUAUGCUGUCUACCACAACAGGGAAUGUGAACAGAAGUUCAGGUCAUCAGCACGCAGCUUGGCGCUGCACGUGUCUACCCAAAGAGGGGAUGAGAAGGUUGUCUUGGCACCAUCCGUCCCCCAUCAUGCUCUCCUUUUGGUCCUUUGCUCCCAUAGUUACGGUAUUGAGAAUUCGACAUCUGCAGCAGUGUAUGCUGUGAGUGUGUCCUCAUCUGGAAUGCUCAGCGCUCAGAUGGUACAAGGCAGCCAUGGCUCUGGUAACCAUCAGGCUGCUUCACAAUGGACAUUUGAGUUGCAGAAUGGACAAGUAGUUGUCUAUGGCCCUAAAGGGUUCUGUCGUUAUGCAGUUAUGGCAACGCUACAGGCAGACACUUCUAAUGGUUGUACUUCCCUAAGUCCAGAGGUAGACAUUGGCUGUGCUACCAUCACUAAGAAGAUGGCUUCAGGUUUGCUGGCAGAGAAAUGUGAUGUCCAGAUACAUGUCAAUGAUAAGGUUUUCAUCACUCUUCACAACUCCCAGCUAAGGUACAAUGGGUGUGCCUAUGCCUUUGAGUCAUGUGUAGAGGAAGCAAUGAAAUCCCCUGGCCUUUAUCUUGUCAGAGUGUUUGCAGUAAAAGAACAGGACAGUGGUUCAGGUUCAUUUCCUUUGAUGUUGGAGCUGGUUGGUUCACCAAAGCAGAUAGCCAUCCAGCCCCCUGGUGUCUUGUACGCCUUGAACUGUGGUGGACCAUCUUACCAUGCUAUCAAUGACAUUGUCUACAUGAGUGAACUUUGCCAAUAUGCUAAUUUUUCCUAUGAUGUCACCUAUGGUGCCUCCUACAAAUGUCUUGGUAUUGUCAAGUCCAAGACUCAUAUCCCUCAUCUUCUGACUGGAAGCCAUGACGGAUAUCUGUAUUGCAGAUUCAGAACCACCAGCGCUGAAGCAGAAGAUGAACGAAGUAUCCUAUAUGAAAUUGAAGAUAUUCCAAAUGGAACUUACACCUUACGAUUCCACUCCGUGGGAAAAUUGGAUAUGUUCAAGCAAAUGGAAAAGAUGUUACAUCGAAGACUCCAAGUACACGGAGAGGUGAAGUCCAAGGCUGAGAAAGAGGAGGAGGAGACAGUAAGGCAACACCUGUGCAACACCUUAGAACCACUAACAAGGUCUAUGCUGAUGAAGGAGAUGGAGAUUGUAGGAUGGUCUCAGAACCUACUGGAGAAUGCUAGUGGCCAGGUAAGACACCUUUCCCGCUGGAAUGUGACAGGGAACUGGAAGGUCAGUGAGGGUGGGUAUGGCACAGAGAAGUCAUUUGUGACCUCGCACAUGGACUGUAUCAAGUAUCAAGAGAUCAACCUGUGUGAUUACUUCUCACCAGAACACCUGGAGACACAGCCACCAAUACAGGUGUUUGAAUGGUACAAAGAGGGAUGCUGUGGUGGUGGGUUCUACAGCUUGACUGCCAUGCUGAUGGAUGCCGAGUAUGAAGUGAAGAGCUAUACAACAGGCCGUCUUGGUACCCUGUACAAGGACCACAAAUGGCAACAGGCGAGUGUGAUAUUCACAGAGUAUGGACCUGGAGUGAGAAGAGUUUCCAUUGAAUCAUUUGGUAAAGAUGACAAGUACUGGGGAGGCCAUUAUGGACCAUUGAUUUCUGGGUCAGUGGUCAGGGUCAAGAGAGAUGUCAGGCCAGCAGCCGAGGACAAGUUUGCUGAUAUCAGCAUGGUUAACGGUAACAGUGGGACAGCUGACAGGGAGAGGUUGGUGAACAGAGUACUGAUGGACAAUAAGGACCUGCUGGACGAUUAUCAAGAGAUACAGUCUGGAAUUGCUGGAAGAAAGGGACGUGUCCGAAAGCCCCGAGAGAUCCGUGUCUUCGUAUCCAGCACAUUCAGAGAUAUGCAGGGUGAGAGGGAGCGUCUCAUUAAAAAGACAUUCAGAGAGUUGAACAACCUGUGCACGGGACGAGGUGUAUUUUUUACGUACGUGGACCUAAGAUGGGGGAUUUCCUCAGAACAGACAAAUGUUGGGGAGACUAUAGCCAUUUGUCUUCAAGAGAUAGAACGAUGUCGACCUUACUUCAUCUGCAUGCUGGGAGAACGGUUUGGCUGGUCCCAGAGAGAAGACAUGCCUGACGAACUCCUUAAUAACAGUUUUACCUAUGCUGUAGAGAACUUCCCUAAACUAGCUUGGGUGGACAGUUACAGGUACAACACCAGUGUCACACAGUUGGAGGUGUUACAUGGAGUGCUCAAUGAUAUGGAUAAUGCAAAGGAGAGAAGCUUUUUCUACCUGCGUUCACCUGUCACAACUGAAUCAAUAGGAGUUUCACCUGAAGAGCUAAAGAUGUACCAGCCUGAGAGUGAGUGGCACCGUGAAAAGGUGUAUGCCCUGAGGAACAGAAUAGAAAGCAGUGGUCUCAACACACGUUACUACGAUGCUCCUGGGGACGUGUGUGAUCUCAUUAAACAGGACCUGAAGAAGUGCAUUGACUCAGACUUUCCUGUUGGGUCAGAGCCUUCAGCCUUGGAAAGGGAGAUGGAGGCCCACCGAGCCUUUGCCGAUGCUCGGUGCCUUGUUUACAUAGGUCGACAAGAAUACUUCCAGAAAAUUGAGGACUAUUUCUCCACACACAAGCCCCACCCUCUUGUCAUCCUCGGUGAAUCUGGUUCUGGGAAGUCCUCCCUGGUGGCCAACUGGACGAUGAGGACAGCUGAGAAACAUCCAGACACCUUCGUCUUCCUUCACUUCAUCGGCAGCUCUGCAGACAGUGCAUCCUAUCUGAAACUCAUUAAAAGGUUGUAUGAGGAGAUUAAGCAGUACUUUGGGCUGGAUCUGCCCAUUCCUUCCUCCGACGCUGGCUUGAUCCGGGAUCUCAGUAAGUGGCUCGUUGUGGCAGGUAGCAAGGCCAGGUGUGUCAUUGUUCUGGAUGCUCUCAAUCAACUGGAUGAUGGUACAGGAGAAGAUGGUUCAGAACAUGACUUAUUGUGGCUGCCAUCAACAUUACCGCCAAAUGUGUACAUGCUGUUAUCCACAUUACCUGGGCGGGCAUUUGAUGCUGUACUAGCAGCAGGCUGGCCAGCCUUCAAAGUUAACCCUCUGAACCACAGCGAGAAGGAAGAAAUUAUCACUGGCUAUCUGCUGGAAAUCUAUGGGAAAACUCUAAAUGCAGAACAGAAGGGCAUGAUCAUCUCAGCGGAGCAAACAAACAACCCUCUCUACCUACGAGUACUUCUUGAUGAGGUAAGAAUGUAUGGAGCGUUUUACACCCUCACUGACAAAAUAAAAGAUUACCUCUCUGCCAGAAGUCCAGCUGAGCUGUUUGCCAAAAUCCUUGACAGAUUGGAACAAGAUAUGGAGAAAGGGCAAGAAAACAGACCUUUCCUUGUACGAGACACCACUACUGCCAUCUGGUGUUCUAAUAGGGGCAUGUCUGAAAGCGAACUCAUUGAACUACUACAGGUUAAGUCGGCUAUGUGGUCACCAUUCUACCUGUCCUUGGUGGAAAGUCUUGUCAACAGAAAUGGUAUCCUGAACUUCUUCCAUGAUCACCUGCGGCAGGCUGUAGAAGACAGAUACCUGGUGACUAAUGCGGCCAAGCAAGAGGGCUACCUUAGACUUGCCAACUUCUUUUCAAGCAAACCACUGGACAACAGAACCGUGGUAGAGCUGCCAUUUCUGCUGGCAAAAGCUGGAGAGUUGGAAAGACUUAAAAAAUUCAUCACUAAUUUGGAAGUUUUCAAGAAACUUAUCACUAAUGAGGACGGAAAAUUUGAUCUCAUCAAGUCUUGGAAAAUGUUAGGGGACUUUACUGAGGUAGAGAAGGCAUAUCUUGCUGAGGUGGAGAAUAUUCCUGAAGCAGAGAGGAAUACCCAGGAUUUUCAGAUAUUGAUGGCAGACCUAGGAGCAUUUUUCUUGGAUUUGGGCUUGCUGGAUGCUUCAAAGUGUGUAUUUGAGGGGUUGUUGUCAGAAAUGGAAGAGUGGUACAGGGACCAUCAUGGCCGCAUUGUCUAUAAUGCAGCUGAUUACUCAUGGAAAAAAUGCUGUGUCCACCCAGAGGUUAUUAAUGUGUUGCAGAGAUUAGGGACUGUUUGCCAGAAACAGGAUGAUUUGGAUACAGCUGAAUCAUACUAUUUAGAGGCUAUUUCAAGACAGAACAGAAUUACAUCUCCAUCUGAAGAAUUAAAGCUUUGCGAAGGCCUUCUUGGACUUGCCGAGGUUUAUUACCUUAAGGAGAAUGAAGAGGCAAAAAAGCUGCUAUUGAGGUCAAGAGAGUUAGCAACCCAUGUCCUCGGUCCCAAACAUCAUUAUGUAGCUGCCAUCAUCAGUAAGCUUGGACAGAUGUGCUACAAGCAGGGCAGGCUGGAUGAUGCACUGGGCUACUUUGUGCAGGACUUGAAGUUGACUCGUGGGGAUGUGGGGACAGCCCACCCACGCACGGCAGGAAUCCUAAAUGAUGUGGGCCUAGUGUAUGAUGACCAGAGUAGCCCAUUGGCCGGUCAGCUGUUUGAGGCAGCUUUAGCCAUCUUAUUGGAUGUAUACGGCUCAAAUCAUGUGGAUGUGGCCAUGGUCAGGUACAACCUUGGUGCAUUUUACUUUGCCACAAGCUACUACGCCAAAGCCAAGUUCCAGUUCACAGAGGCACACAAAGUGUUUUUGGCGUUCUUGGGACCUGACCAUGAAGAUACAGUCGCUGCCUUAAGAGCCAUGCAGGCUAUUUGAAUGUGAUAUACAAUAUACUGCUGUGAU